AUGGCCGAUCCACUAAGCAUUACGGCAAGCAUCGUAGGUAUCGUCGGACCCGCUUUACACGGCGUCCGAUUGCUAGCAGAGGACCUGAGGCAGAUCAAAGAUGCCCCAGAGAACGUUGCCACCCUGCGAGAAAGUAUAGGCUCAGUCGAGCGAUCUCUUGUCUCUCUUGAUUCAGUUGGUGAUGAAACAUGGGAAUCUCUAGGUGUUGCUGAGAAUACCAAGUCGACCAUCAAAACAUGCGGUGAAACGUGUGACGAAUUCAGACUCGAUCUGCAGCGCUGGACCAAACACUCGAAACACGAUUCACUGUCCUUACUGGACCGAUCAAAGAUUGGCUUCUGGAAGCAGCAUCAUAUUGAAUCUAUGGAGAAGAAACUUCUAAACUGCCAAGUCACUAUCACCGAAGUAGUCAGUAUAGCCACACUCAUAAGCACCUUGCGAACUUCUCACAUCACGGAAGAAACUCGGGAAAGGAAACAGCAGGAAGUCACAUUGGCGAUUCAAAGAGGGGAUGCGGAAGAGACAGACAUUGCCCAGCGCAAGAAGGAUUUUAAAGUGCCCAUGGCCGAUUUGGAAGAUGACGAGCUUGAAGAUGCAUACCAUGAAGCAUAUCGGCAGUUCAAAGCACAGAAGAAAGCGUUGGAUAUAUCCCAGGCACUGCUGAAGGAAUUGCUGGCAAAAAUCCAGGAGCCGGCUAUUUCCCAAAUGGCAGCGAAGAUGAAAGAGCAACCGGUAACUGUGACCUUUGGUAACAACAAUACGAAUGCGGGCAUACAGCUUGGGGUCUCUUAUGGUGACAUUAGCAAUGUGACUUUUGGUGUGCCAAAUCACUAUGGAGAGAAGCGUGAUAGACAGUUCACUUGA